CUUGGGCGCCCGCAGCGACCAAUGAGACUCUGGAAGCUCACUCCCUUCGGCCAAUGAGCAGUGGGAAGACGUCGCCGAAGGGCGGGGCUCAGCAAGCGGCAGUUGAACGGCGGACCUGGAGGUUCAACAUGGAUCAGCCGGCAGGGCUGCAGGUGGACUACAGCUUCCGGGGGGUGGAGCACGUGGUGCGCUUGGCUGUCAAUGGGGAGGUUCUGGAGCUCGAGGUGGAGGACAGAAUGACCACUGACCAGUGGCGUGGCGAGUUUGAUGCUGCCUUCAUCGAAAAUCUGACUCACAAGACUGGGAACUUCAAACAGUUCAGCAUCUUCUGCAGCAUGCUGGAGUCAGCCCUGAUGCAGAGCAGUGAGUCCGUCACCCUGGACCUGCUGACCUACACGGACCUGGAAGCCCUUCGGAACCACAAGGUGGGGCCCCGGCCCGGCCUCUCGGCGCCCCGCUCCGCCCAGCUCAACUCUAAGCGUUACCUGAUCCUGAUCUACUCAGUUGAGUUUGACAGGAUCCACUACCCACUGCCCCUCCCGUACCAGGGCAAGCCCGACCCCGUGGUUCUUCAGGGCAUCAUUCGGUCCCUGAAGGAGGAGCUGGCCGAGCUUCGAUCCCGCGAUGGGCGGGAUGCUGAGAUCCGCCACCUUCGGGAGCAGCUGAGCCGGGCAGUAAAUGAGAAGAGGGAGCUGGAGGUAGCCCUGGGCCGGGCACGAGAAGAGGCAGGCAGCCGGGCCACGACUCACCAGGAGGUGGCUGUGCUCAAGGCCAUGGUGGCCAGUCUGGAAGAAGAACUAAGGAGGGAGCGGGGGCAGCACCAUCGGACUGCUGGACGGCGGGGCCAGGAGUGCCNNNCACUUCCCCCCAAGCUGGAAGAGGUCAAGUCGUCGGAGCGGAGCCUUCGGGCCCGGCUGAAGUAUCUGUCCAGCGAGCUGGCCCAGUACAAGCAGGGGAGGCAGACCCUGUCUUUGGUACAGUCACCGCAGCCCCGGAAGGACCGGCGGCGGACAGCAUCUCAGGAGCGGAACCCGUCGUGGGGCCGAAGGCCCGCCCGAUCUUCGUCUCAGGACAGCAACCGAGGAGGGGCGCCAUCGCGGCCCUCCUCCUCCCCAGCAGGUGUCCGGGCGCCCCGCUUCGACCCCACUGCCUUCGUCAAGGCCAAAGAGCGGAAGCAGAGAGAGCUCAAGAUGAAGAACCAGCAAAGGAACCGGAUCGGGAGUGGGGAAGGGUCGGGGAGCUGGGGUCGAAGCCGGGUCCGCGGCUCGUGCGCCGUCUCAAGAGAGGAAAGGGCCCCCAGAGGCCGGACGCGAAGCUCCUCUGUAGAGAGUUUUCGAAGCCGCCACUCAUCGCUGAGCUCAGCCAGUGAGUUUGAGGAUUUCACCAACCCAACUUCGCGAGGCUGUCGGAGGCAGCCCAGAGUUCGGAAGCCCCUGAGCCCCUCCUCCUGGAAUGGCUCAGGAGAGAUGCCUGUGCUGGACAGUGGCCGCAGAAGACGGCAGGCUAGCAGCACCCCUACCCCGAGGGGCCAGACCUUUGGCAAAGAAAACACAUUUGAGGAGCCGCCCGCCGACCUGUCAGAGAUUGAUGCCCGCCUGCAGGCCCUGCAGGAGUAUAUGAACAGGCUGGACACAAGGACGUGACACUCCCCCCCAACACCAGCCAAAGGGGCUUGGGCCUGGCUUCCCUUCUUCUCCUUAGCCCCCCAGUGGGAGGCCAGAACUGAGGCUCAGCCCUGGCUGCCAGGGAACCUGAGGGCUGAGGAGGCAUGCGUGUAUGUGUGUGUGUGUGUGUGCGUGUGCACGUGUGUUCGUGUGUGGGGAAGGACAGAGGAUGUAAAUAAAGGGUUUGGGCAGUUUUCCCUCCCUCAGUCCACCUGUCAUCUGA